AUGAUGGUGGCAGUAGAGGUAAUGACAGGAAGCCUUUUCCAUGUUAAUGUCGAAGAAGAUAAUGCCAAAGUUGCUGACCUCAAACGUGCAAUCGCAGCCCAGCAGAAGCUGCCCUUUGAUCGUAUGAUCUUGCUGCUUGGAGAUGGUUGUUGUAUAUCAGACGAUGAUGACGAUUUAACUCUAGAUGAAUGUGGGAUUCAUGAUAAUGGCUCCCGCAUUUACCUCUUCUUCACGCCAAUAGAUGAUGGCUCCUCCGAUGACUUUAUUUUCACCUGGUGGGAGGCCUUUUAG